UUUUUUUUUUUUUGUGUUGCGAUGACGGGGAGAGUGGUACAUGGGAGAGUAGUGUGGGAGGGGAAACAAGAACACGGUAACAUAACAGCCAGAGUGGGAAGAGAGGAUGUCUCACCUAAGUGUAGAGGAUUAAAAAGAGGAAUAGGAUAUCACUGAGAGAGGAAAUAAAAAGGUGAUUGUUUGGGGAAGAAAAUAGAGUGGCAGUUUAAAGUGGGAGAUUGGGGAAGGAGAGUUGUUUAUGAGAGAAGAAGAUGGAGAGAGAGAAAGGGAAAUGGGGGGGAGAGGCGCAGAGGGAGGUUUUGGUGGGGGAGACUCAGUACAUAGAGAGAGAUGAGGAAGAGGUGUGUUUGGGCCAUUACAGGGGAAAUGGGGCGCGGAGUGCAUCAUUACCGCCCGUAUUACCGCUGGCUUACAAUACAGAAUCAUCACCACAUGCCAAUAUUGUUAUUUCUCUUGCUCUACAAUAAUAAUUUACGUAUUCUCUCUUUGAUAGUGAUACAUCAAUUAUAUCCUCAUUUUCUUGUUAUUAUUCUACUCAGGCUGCCCUCAACAACAACUCGUACGGAAUUCUAUGUGGUUCGGUGGGCCGUCCCUCGUCAUCCCUAUUCGCAGAGUCCGCCAAUCCUCAGUCACGGGACUAGCACAACUAGCCCCUACUCUACGGCUUUACUAUGGCCAGCACUAAGGAGUAUUGAUAUUCGAAAAAAACACCCGGCCUGCCACUUCAAUAGUGGCCUUGAUUUUCACCCUAGCCGGAAUAAUAAUAGAAUAGCUGUGCCUAUUCUCGAACGCUGCUAGACCGUAUCGGAUCCGAGCGAGGAUCUCCUCGGGUGCGAUGCAAUCAGGGGACAUACAUAGUCCAUAGUUCGUAGUCCAUAGCUACGGAGUACAAUACAGAAUAUCUGUGGCGCUCCUUGCAUUGCAGGAUUACAG